AUGGGGAGGCCACCUUCUAGUGGUGAGAAUGGCCUGAAGAAGGGGCCCUGGACUACUGAAGAAGACGAGAAGCUCAUGAGCUACAUCCAGAAGCAUGGCCAUGGAAGCUGGAGGGCGCUGCCUCAACUUGCUGGCUUGAACCGGUGUGGCAAGAGCUGCCGGCUAAGAUGGACCAACUACCUGAAGCCAGACAUCAAGAGAGGGAAGUUCUCCCAGGAGGAAGAACAAACCAUCCUACAACUACAUACCAUCCUCGGCAACAAGUGGUCAGCUAUUGCCAAGCAUCUCCCUGGACGGACAGACAAUGAGAUAAAGAACUUCUGGAACACUCACCUCAGAAAGAAGCUCAUCAAGAUGGGGAUCGAUCCCAUGACCCACCGUCCGAGAACAGACUUCUUUGCUGUUCUCCCGCAGCUCAUCGCACUUGCCAACCUUCGCCAGUUCGUCGAGCAUCAACCAUGCGAUCACACUGCCAGGCUGCAGACCGAAGCAGUCCAGGCUGCUAACCUCCAGUACAUGCACUCACUGCUUCAAUUUGCAGCGUCCAUAGCCACCAGCCCCACUACCAGCAGCAGCCUCAACACUCUCACUACAGACCUGGAGCAGAUCAGCCCUCAACAGACGCUUUCACCAAGUGUACUUGAGGGUAUUUGUGGCAUAGACUUAGCAGGGCAGAAGCAUCAGAACCAAAUGCCUAGCAUUACCGUUGGUCACACAAUUGGCAACAUCGACCCGAAUUCAAUUACCAACGUUGAGCAGCAUAGCUGUGAGGGAGAGAACAGUAGCCAGAAAAGGCUGUUUCUCUCUGAAAACUCCCUUCCACCACUCACUGACAUGGCCGUUUCAAACAUGUGUAAUUCCAUCUGCAUCUCAAACUACAAUGGCGUCAGUAGUCCAUUGCCCAGUUGGUCAGAAUUCCUACUUGAUGAAGAGCUCCUGAAAGAGAUUUCCUGA